GUAAAAUCUGCUGCCUGAAUAGCAGAGUGUUCUAAAUUCGUACUCCCACUACAAGAGGCGGAGAAAAUUUCCGUACAGCUGUCUUUGUGGAUUUGGCGUCGGUCGCCGUCGUCUUCCUAUCGGAAAAUGUAUUCAGCUACCGUUGCCUUCACUUCAACCCCAAACUCCCCGGCCCACGCCGCCAACCGGAAAAUUUCCCUUGGUAGCGCCGUGCUCAGCUGCAGACUCUCUUCUCUGAAGCCAUCGUCCCUUAAUACUCUCUUCAUCAAAAUCCCACAUAAGUCCUGCAAGCGCAGCUCCGUCAUCGCUCGUUACAAGUCCUUUUCUCCGGUCAUGGAGUGGCAGGAUUGUGUGGUUAAGACUGAAGUGGAUGUGCCUACUUCUGUGGCUUACAAAUGUUACUCCGAUCGUGAAGCAAUCCCCCGCUGGAUGCCUUUCAUUUCAUCUGUAAAGAUUUUGGAAGACAAGCCUGAUCUGUCACGGUGGUCGUUGAAGUAUAAAGCAUUUGGUAGGAAUAUUGAAUUCGCUUGGCUUGCUAGAAAUAUGCAACCCAUUCCGAAUCAGAAAAUUCACUGGAGAUCUAUGGAAGGACUUCCUAACAGAGGUGCUGUUCGAUUUUUUCCAAAAGGUCCUUCAUCCUGUGUAGUAGAAGAGCAUAAGUGCUCUUUGGGGGAUCAGUUUAUUCAAUUUAAAGUUCAAAUUUUGAACCGUUCAUAAGAUGGCUGCUUCUUCCUGCCUUGACAAAAGGUCCAGGAGGGAAGCAGCAUAAAUUGGAGGGCAAACAAUGUGAGAUGUGCUCUUCUCUUAAUGUCCCAUUUCUUCUCUUCAAAUUGGUCUGCUCCAGACUUAUGACAGAAAUCAAAGGAACCAUAUUUUCAUUGCUUAUUGUUUACAUCCGGGCUCACAAGGUUGUUUUUCACUUUCCAGUUAACAGUUUCGUAUGAAGUUCCUCCAAUUUUGAUUCCAGUGGCAUCAGCACUAAAACCUUUUCUUGAAGGCUUGCUAGCACGUGGUUUGGAUCGCUUUGCAAGAUUUGCAAAAAGCUAUAGUGCUGAAUCGUCGUGACAAGAGUCUCUACGGUAUGGUCAGGCCUCAACAAUUAUCGUUAUGAAGUACUUAUACUCUGAUAAUCAUAUAUGAUUCUUUCGAUUGGAAUUUCUAAAGGAAUAUCUCCUUCUCUUUUCUAAUAAUGAUGUGUUACUCUGUUGAAUAAUGAAAAUAUUCUUUA